AUGCAGUUGACCAUGCUAUUACUUUUAUCAAUCAAUAUAAAUUUGAUCAUUCUAAGCAAUGCAUCAUCAUUUGAUUUAACAUUGAAUAUAAACGGUAAGAAUAGUUAUUUUCGAUUUUUUGAAACUAUAACAUCCAUUGAAAAUCUUCGAAUGCCAUCGGUUAUUAUUCUUGCUGACAGUAAUGAUCAGAGUGCUAAUAUAGUAGAUUCGUCAUUUAUUCAAAUCUAUCGUACACAAUCCAAUGGAAACUUAUUUCAUAUUGCUACUAUUUGCUACGAUUGA